AUGACAUAUAGUUUUAGAGUUAAGGCAAUUUCAAAAGCUUUUAUUGCUUCUCUUCUCAUAUAUCUUCUUGUUCUCCAACUCGUCGCGGCAGACAUGGAAAUCUCAAACAAAAAGAACGGUUACGGCAGUAAGAUUGAUUGCGGAAGUGCGUGUAUAGCACGGUGCAGGCUCUCAAGUAGACCAAACCUUUGUCACAGAGCGUGCGGGACUUGCUGCGCCAGGUGCAACUGCGUGCCACCAGGCACGUACGGAAACUACGACAAGUGCAAGUGCUACGCCAGCCUCACCACCCACGAUGGUCGCCGCAAAUGCCCUUAA